AUGCGUGCUCCUUUGAAUGCCGAGCGGCAGCAUCGCACGGCACGAAUCCUUGCCUCCAUCGCAGCGACGACCAUUGCACUGAGCUGCGGGACCAACUAUGGCUUCUCAGCAUGGGCACCUCAGUUCGCCGAACGAUUGCAGCUCACAGCGACGCAAACGAACCUGAUUGGGAACUUUGGGAACAUCGGCAUGUACGCAAUGGGCAUACCGGGAGGCAUUUUGAUCGAUUCACGGGGGCCAAGAUGGGGAGUUGCGAUGGGCUGUGUCUGCUUGUCACUGGGCUACUUUCCACUGAAGAGCGCGUACGACAAUGGUGCCGGCAGUAUGGGUGUGCCAAUGCUAUGCUUCUUCGCAUUGAUGACGGGUAUGGGAGGCUGCACAGCUUUCAGUGCUGCAAUCAAAGCGAGCGCGAGCAAUUGGCCAAGUCAUAGAGGUACUGCGACGGCAUUUCCGCUCAGUGCUUUCGGUCUGAGCGCCUUUUUCUACACCACACUUGCUGCGUACCUCUUUCCCGGAGACACAAGCGGAUAUCUCAAGCUGCUAGCGUACGGCACUACAGCUAUGACACUGUUUGGGAUGAUAUUUCUGCGGAUUGUGCCAACUCCAGGAGACGGGUCCGGGGCAUAUGGUGUAGUACCGGAAGAUGACGAAAGGACUGCAAAGAGGAACGACUCGAUCGCAAGCACCCGACUACAUCGAACAAGCACGAAGAGCACGAGAGGCUCACACAAGAGGCCGGGGAGCAAGAGCAGAGCACCAGGAGAAGAGAAUUCGGAGGCGUCUUCGCUUGUCUCCUCCGACUCUGAGGAUGGACCAGGCGACUUUGUAGACGCCAUGCCAGAGCCCAAGAACCCAUUCCAUGCUCUACAUCGAUCUGAAAUUACAGGCUGGGAACUGGCUCGAACACCCAAAUUCUGGCAGCUCUUCGUCAUGUUGGCACUUCUCUGCGGUGUCGGACUGAUGACUAUCAACAACAUCGGUAACAACGCUCGUUCGCUAUGGCAUCACUGGGAUGACAGCGCAAGCCGGGAGUUCAUCAUGAAGCGCCAGCUUACACACGUGAGCAUCUUGUCAUUUUGCUCCUUCCUGGGCCGUCUCGCGAGCGGCAUUGGUUCAGACUGGCUCAUCCACAACCACGCUUCAAGAUUCUGGACCCUGGUGGCGAGCGCUUCACUCUUCGUCGCCGCACAGUGCGUCGCCCUCAACCUCGAAGACCCACACCACCUCUACUGGCUUUCCGGCCUGACCGGAGUCGCCUACGGCAUGCUCUUUGGUGUCUUCCCUGCUCUGGUAGCAGACGCCUUCGGCGCGAAAGGACUCGGCAUCAACUGGGGAUGUAUGACCUGGGCGCCGGUCGUGAGUGGAAAUAUCUACAAUCUUGCUUACGGCUCGAACUUGGACAAGCACUCGGUCUUCAAGGAGAACCCAGAAGGCACUGGCAGCGAACGUGUCUGCGACGAUGGUAGGGAAUGCUACUCGAGUGCAUACUGGAUCACUCUUGUCUCGUCGAUGGUUGGUGUUGUGUGGGCUCUUUGGUGCAUCAGAUCUGAGAAGGUCGAGAUGCUGAAGGCUGCAAGGGGCGAGAGGCGAGAUCGUGAGCCUUGA